AUGAUUGAAAAUGAGCUUAUAGAAUCUUUGACUGUGCAUUCAUAUGAUCCAGAUGUUUAUGAAAAAUACAGAAGAAAAUUCACCAUGACAAAACUAGUUGACCUCAUUGAAUUGAAUUUAAAAAAUACCAAUGAUUAUCUGCAAGCAAUAAAAACAUUUAUUGGGUUACCUGAAAUACAAGUAUACUUGUAUAAUAAUGUGAUAUUUAUUCCAGCUGAUUUUCCUGGCCAACUAUAUAUUUGUCGAGCUAUUGUUAAAAAACUAAAAAAUGAAAAUGAAACAAGCAUUCCAGAAAAAAUUACUCAUUUGCUUAUUUACUUUCAAGAGAACAAAUCAUGGAACCUGUUAGAAUUUCUACAGUGGAGUAUUGUAUAUGCAAAUGAUUUCAAUGAAAAACAAGAUGAGCAUUUGUUAUACAAGAUUUGUUUGGAGAAACUUUCUAUCAAUCCUCAAUUAAUAGAGACUAAUGACAGCAAUGAAUCCAUAAUAAUAAGACAGUUGGCAUUGCAAUGUUUGGAAACAUUUGAGAAAGAAUCAAAAUUGUUCAACGUAAAAGCUUUCUGGAAAAAUAGUUCUACUGUUAUGAAAACAUUAGGAAAAGCAUCAGAUAUGAAUUCCAAAAAUAUAAUCCACCAAAUGCUAGACAUACAUUAUGAUUUCACUUUGAAACAAAAAUCAGAUUCCUAUCCAUCAGAAAGUAGAAAAAAGAAAGAUACGAUCAACAUAAAGGAUCCAGAGUCUCUUAAUGAUGUGAACAUAACGAAUUUGGAAGAAGUGAUCAUUCAUGAAAAGGAAGUAAUUGCAGGGCAGUUAACCAACGAGAACAAUCCUGAAUUAUCACUUAUCAAACCUGAUCUGGAAUUUAAUAAACAAAUGAUGCGUGACGCAUAUAUAAAGAUACAUCAGGAUCUCUGUGAUCUUUCCUCACAGAAGGAUUGGUUUAUUGAAAGUUAUAGUGUUUCAGAUGCAUUUCACAAAUAUCAAAUUAAUAAUAUUGAUAAACUAGAAGGUGGUGAAGCCUUCCAUUUUUCAUCAGAUGUUGAGGCAAUCUUGUCUCUUCACCAUAUUAUGUUUAUUGACAUGACAAGAAUGAAGAAGCCAUUGUAUUUAGAUAUAGAUGAACGAAAAUGGCGUGCUUCAGAAAUAAAUGACAUAGACGAGCUUCGUUCUAAGUUUUAUGAUAUAUGGGGGAAAUAUCGUGACAAGGUCAUUUAUUUAGAUAAUGAGAGAUCAGUUGCACGUGCAUUCUACGAAAGGAUGCACUUGUAUCCGAGUUUGAGGCAAAAAAAUGAGGAUACUGUUGUACAUGAUUAUGUACAUGAUACUUUCAAAGAAAUAUUUCGUGACUCGAAUUAUGAUAUUUCUUGGGCAAACACUGAAAGUUUGACUUCAAGAAGCCACUGUGCGAAUUACGGAUGCUCCCAGGGUAGAAAGCCUGAUAUAAUUGUGUAG